UCCUAUGUCAGACAUUCGUUCAGCCUGAACGACGGGAGUAAACCGCAUUCGUGUUGGAAAAAAGUUGUCAUUUGUUUUUAUGCCAACGUAGAAACAAAAAGUUCCCGUACAGUCGUUUCCAGACUUUGAAGAUUUUCUGUUUGAAGCCGUUUGAAGCCAAAAAAGGGACCAGUACUAAGUAUGGGGACUAAACCAGGCCCAGUUCAGAUUGUCACUGUGUGUAAGGAGGAUCAUUCCUUUUCUUUGGACACAGAGGCUUUGGGACGGGUUCUCUUGGCCCCUGAGAUCCGUGACAAGCAUGUGGUGGUGGUGUCAGUAGCUGGAGCCUUCCGAAAGGGGAAGAGCUUACUGGAUUUCAUGCUUCGUUAUAUGUACCGGAGGGAUGACAAAGAUUGGCUCGGUACAGACGAUGAACUGCUGACAGGAUUUUCUUGGAGGGGAGGUUCUGAACCAGAGACAACAGGCAUCCAGCUUUGGAGUGAGGUUUUCCCCAUUCAAAAGAGUGAUGGAAGUGAGGUGGCAGUAGUGUUGAUGGAUACUCAGGGAGCAUUUGAUUACCAGUCCACAGUGAAGGAUUGUGCCACCAUCUUUGCCCUCAGUACCAUGACCAGCUCAGUACAGAUCUACAAUCUGUCACAGAAUAUACAGGAAGAUGAUCUGCAACAGCUUCAGCUGUUCACAGAAUAUGGCCGCCUCGCCAUGGAUGAGAUCUUUUUGAAACCCUUCCAGUCUUUGAUGUUCCUAAUCAGAGAUUGGAGUUUUCCGUACGAAUAUACCUAUGGGUUCAAAGGAGGCAAUGUAUUUUUGGAUAAACGGUUACAGGUCAAGGAGGCCCAACACGAGGAGCUGCAAACUGUAAGGGAGCACAUCCACUCGUGCUUCACCAACAUUUCUUGCUUCUUGUUACCUCACCCUGGGUUGAUGGUUGCUACCAGCCCUACUUUUGAGGGACAACUUAGUGAUGUGGCAGCACCCUUCAAAGAACAACUGAAGGAUCUGAUUCCAAAUCUGCUGCAUCCUGACAAUCUGGCAGAGAAAGAAAUUAAUGGAAACAAAGUCACAUGCAUGGGGCUGCUAGAGUUUUUCAAGGCAUACAUAAAGAUUUAUCAGGGAGAGGAUCUGCCACAGCCAAAAACUAUGUUGAUGGCUACAGCAGAGGCCAAUAACCUGGCAGCUGUGGCCACAGCCAAAAAUCAGUAUUACAAAAACAUGGAGAAGGUGUGUGGGGGUGACCUGCCAUAUGUGGCCCCUGACUGCCUUGAGGAAAAGCAUCAAUUUAACUUCAGAGAGGCUCUUCAUGUGUUUACAUCAACCAAAAAGAUGGGCGGCCAAGAGUUUUGUGACCGUUACCAAGCACAGCUGGAAGAGGAGCUGGAGGAAAUGUGGCAGUCUUUCAGCAAGCACAAUGAAGUAAGUUGUGGUUCUAUAAACAGUCUCAUAUUUCUGUUUCUUAUUAAGCAGCAUGACAGAAUUUUCAGUGACCUCUAGUGGUAAGUUUUCAAAUUGCAAUACAUCUAAAACUAUU